AUGUCUUUAGGCAUCACCCGGACCGUCCUGCACCCUGCAGCCAUGACAAGAGAGGGCAGGAGGCGGAGCACGCUGCCUGAGGCAAAGCUGUCCCCCCUGCUGCCCAUCCAUGUGGAUCCAGAGAUGAUAAUGUAUCACCGCUGGUCCUUCAACGUCCUGGUGGUCAUCUUCCUUCUGCUCUCCACCGCAGCUCUCUCCGCACACUUCCGGGUGUGCGAGCCAUACUCCGACCACAAGGGGCGCUACCACUUUGGGUUCCACUGCCCGCGUCUCUCGGACAACAAGACCUACAUGUUCUGCUGUCAUCAUAACAACACUGCCUUCAAGUACUGCUGCAAUGAGACAGAGUUCCAGAACUUCAUGCAGCUCAACCUCACCACCAGCUCUGAUGGCUUCUCACACAAUAACUACACAGCUCUGAUCGGCGUAUGGAUCUAUGGUUUCUUUGUCAUGGUACUACUUGCCUUAGACUUUCUCUACUACUCAGCUAUGAACUAUGACCUCUGCCGGGUCUAUCUGGAAAAAUGGGGUCUGGGUGGUCGGUGGUUGAAGCAGGCAAGCAGCCAGUGGCACGUACAGACCCAAGCCCAGGACGGAGAGCAGUCCCAGAGGCAGAGAAGCACGGACCCCCCUGGACCACACCACCAUCACCACCCCAGACACAGCCUCAGAGGAGAGAGAGGAGAGGCACAGAGCCCCACGCUACACAGCUUUCCGACCUCCACAGCCUGGUAA